AGGACACCCCGGGCAGCCCUGCCCCAGCGCCUGUGCACGGCCCGGCGGUGGCUCCGGGGCCGCGGCCUUGGACACCGGCCCACUGGGCUCCGUGUCCUCGGGCCAAGAUGUCACCGAGGCUCUGCGGCCAGCCUGGCAUCCCCGCUCCCGCACAAAGAGCGCGGCGAGCAGCCCGGCGCUGCCAGCGCCCACGGACGGGGCGAGUGCCAGCGCUGCCCGGAGCCCUGUGUGCCGGCCAAGCCGCGGGCAGCCGGGCAGGCUGCGGGGGAGCGGCAGUGCCAGCCCGGGCUCUGCCGGCCAGUGGGCAAGGCUGGGGACAGGCAGCCCCUUCCCACCGCUCCGCGUGGAGACGAUGUGCUGGGCGUGGGCCCUGGGGGAAGCUGGCCCUGGCAGGGGGUGCUGUCUGCCCGGUGCUCGGCCCGUUGCCGGGCCCGGCUGGCCCUGCCUGCCCAGCGGCGGUGGCUGGCAGCCCGUGGGAGCUCGUGUGGGAUGCCCUGGCAAGGCGCUAAGCAGGGGAAUUAGUCUGGCACACGUCUCUGGUCUGUCUCUGUCCCUGAGCCAGCGUGACGGGUGUGACUUUCGGGCUGUGACCCGCGGAUGCGCAGCCCCGUGUGCCCCGCAGCCGUGAGCAGCCAGGGCUGGUGCCUGACCACUGAACACGGAGCUACCUUUGACCCGAGCUCCCCGGCAGCCGGGCUGGUGCCAGGUGCGGGGGAGCACGAGGGGCCUCGGGGCCUGGCAGGACAGGGGUCCAAGGGCACCUCACAGCACCUCUGGACCUUGGCCCCGGCGGGAGGCCCCAGCUGGCCUGAGGGGGCUGGUGCUUUGCCGGGACGCCUGGGCUGGCACAGUGCAGCCGCUGGCCGCCCACGGGCUGCCUGCCCUGCAGCGGUGACCACAGUGCUGGCUGGCCUGUGUCCUGCCCUCCCGCCUGUGCUUCCGCGGGGCGGGCAGGCAGCAGAGGCGCCAGGCAUGGCUCCGGUGUACCUGCCUGCGCCAGGCUGUCCAGCAGCUGCUCGCCCAGCUCCCCAGCACGCCACAAGCUCUGGUCCCUGGUGCCCGAAAUCCGCCUGCCGGGGUCAAAUGCAGGUUCUGUUCCCUGCAGCUGCCCCGCGCGGGACACAGAGGCUGCUCCUGGCAUCCCGCAGCGUGUCCCACGCUCCGGCCGCGCUGGGGCUUCUGUAAUGGGAGCCGGGCCUGGCCGCCCGCCAGCGGCCCUUUGCUCUCUUUAAUUUGAUCUGCCGGGGCCUUUGACUGACACGUGAUUUGCACAGAAUGGGGCCAGGCGGGCGCACCCCGAACGUGCUCCGACACCGACCGGCACGGCUGCUCCAUCCCAGCCAGCCCGCGGUCCCGCGGCCACUUCCUCCGGCAAUGGCGGGAGGUGCUGGGUGGGCGGGGAGGGCAGCGCCCGCUGUGCCCGGGAGCUGUUCCGAGCGGGUGAGCAGGACUGUCCCGCUGCUGCGCUUCCUGCGGCUGGGGAGGAGGGGAAGUUACUCCGGAGGCCUCGCGCAGCAAGGGCACCGGGCAGCCGGAGGUCACGAAUUCACCAGCCUCGUCACGGCCCCGCUGAGCAAACCUGCACUGGUGCUCACUCACUCCUGUGCUGCCGCGGCCUCUCAGAGCGUUUCUCGGAGGAGCAGGCACCGCCGCUUCACCUUGGCGCGCACUGUGAGGCCCCCAGGCCGGGCAGGCGCCUCGGCACUCGUCCUGCUCCCGCAGCCUCCGCUGGGCUGGGCCAGUUUCAUGGUGCCGCUUAGGUCCACCUGCAGACGCAGCAGGAGGCGAAGAUGCGGAUGAUGGGGAUGGCGAUGCAUGUGAUCCGCACUGACGGCUUCCUGGCUCUCUACAACGGGCUCAGCGCCUCGCUGUGCCGGCAGAUGACGUAUUCCUUGACUCGCUUUGGCAUCUACGAGACCGCAAAGAACCACUUGGACCAGGGCAGCAAGGGGCCUCCCCCCUUCUACCAGAAAGUGCUGCUGGGGGCAGUGGGAGGUUUCACUGGUGGGUUGGUGGGGACCCCGGCCGACAUGGUGAACGUCAGGAUGCAGAACGACGUGAAGCAGCCGCCGGCCCAGCGGCGCAACUAUUCUCACGCCCUGGACGGCAUGUACCGCGUCCUCCGGGAAGAGGGCCUGAAGAAACUCUUCUCAGGAGCUACGAUGGCGUCCAGCCGAGGGGCCCUGGUCACCAUAGGGCAGAUCUCCUGUUAUGACCAGACCAAGCAGCUGGUUCUGGCGACUGGGAUCCUGUCAGACAACAUCCUCACUCACUUCCUGGCCAGCGUCAUCGCUGGCGGGUGCGCCACAUUCCUGUGCCAGCCCCUGGACGUGCUCAAGACGCGCCUCAUGAACUCCCAGGGCGAGUACCAAGGUGUCACCCACUGUGCCAUAGAGACUGCCAAGCUCGGGCCCCUCGCCUUCUACAAGGGCUUCGUUCCUGCUGCCAUCCGGCUCAUUCCUCACACUGUCCUCACCUUUAUCUUCCUGGAACAGCUGCGCAAACAUUUUGGGAUGAAAGUGAUCACCUGAGUAGGAGGGACAGGACCCCACCUUGCCCCAGGGGGGUGAGCGUGCGGGUCACCGCUGAGACCCCAGAACCCCUCUUCUGUCUGGGGCCAGCACCGUUCCCCUUGUCCCCACUCCUGUGCCUUGCCAGUGCCUGUGACCAACCAGUCCCAGACUCUCCUUUCCUCUCUCACCCCCGUUCUCAGCAUCUGUUACCUCUGGGAUAUUCUUGGACCUCUUGUUCCCCCUGCACCGUUCGUUUGGGGUUUUUCUGCUGUUUUCCACUGCCCUUCUGGCCGCGAGUCCUGCCCCAGGCUCCCUCAGCCCUGUCCCGUGUGGGCCGCCGGAGCAGGACUGCCCUGUCCCGGGGAGGGAGACCCAUCUGGCCCCGCGGGGCUGGGGGCGAUGUCCGUGCUGUGGCGGGGGCUGUGCCGGGCCGCAGGGGAGACACCGGCUCUGCCCUGGAGCCCUUAGCGCCCCUGGCCCCACGCUCCUCCGCUGGGUCCCUGUUCUGCUUCCCGACCCCCAGACACCCCCUGCUUCCACUUGCCAAACCUCCCCCGUGCCCGCUGGCUGCUGGGCUCUUCAGGGAUCGUGCCUCGUACCAAUGACAGAGCAGGGACCCUGGGGGUGAUGGCAGCGGCCCGGCAGGGCCCCCACCUGCCCCCAGCCCUGCUCCCUCGCCUGCAGGGCGCUGACCCUCCCCAGCCCCAGGGGAGCAUCCGUCCAGCAUCGCCCUGGGCCCCCCCAGCCCCGUCUGCCCGCCGGCCCCCCUCGCCCUGCCCACAGGGGCUGCGGGCACCAGCCCCUCUCCAUGUGCACCCCUGCAUGUGGUGGCUCCGAGGGAUCAAAGAACUGGAAUAUCUGUGACCUUAAUAUACAUUAAACAGUGGAACAAGCA